UUAAUCGCAUAGAACAAACGACUUUCAUGUAUUAAAGGUCGGCGGUUUGUGACAUGUGAACACAUUAAUCAAUCAUGGUCGUUGCGAACUUCUCUGUGAGAGUAGAAAUUCCGGAAAUUAUUUGUACUAUAAUAAUUAAAACGUUUUCUCAGUUUUAUUAAAAGAUAUUCGUCGUUAUUUAAGCUGAUAACUAACAGUAUAAUGGGAUUUUUGCCCACAACUUUUUAGUUGCUUAUCAAAUAGCAUUGGAAAAUGUUGAUAAUUAGUGUUUCGGCGUAUAAUACAGUGAAUUGGUUUUAUACAAACGUACAUACGUAGAGAAUGAUAUCUCUGUCCAUCUUUUUGACUAUUUUGUGUGCCGCAUUAGGUGAUACUACACAGGCUAGAUUUGCCACACCGUGUACUACUCCAAAUAACGAUAAUGGGUAUUGUGUAGAAAUUCAACAUUGCAGUCUUUUUCAUUUUUCUGAUCUCUUUAAUCCAUAUUGUGUUAAUCACGAUUUCGUAAUUGCAUCUAAAUGUGGACCUCCGAAUGAACGAGACAGAUCUCCAAAGGUUUGCUGCGGUGAAUAUUCGAAUUUUUUAAAUAGAAUAUCUACUACAACGGAGGUACCGCUUACACCACCCCCACCUGCAUUUUCACAGAUAUCACCUUUUCCGGAACAAUGCGGAAACCAGUCAAUAACACUUCCGUCGAGGAUACUGGGUGGAAACGAAGUAAGUUUAACUGAGUUUCCAUGGAUGGCGAGGUUAAGGCAUCGUAGUGCCAGUGGUUUCUAUACUUUUGGUUGUGCCGGAUUUUUAAUUUCGGAGUACUUUGUAAUGACCGCUGCACAUUGUAUUGCAUCCAAAACAUUGACAACUCUAGGACCUAUAGUAGAAGUCCAACUGGGGGAGCACAACACCGAGACUAAUCCAGAUUGCGAAAAACGUAACGGCAAUCAAUGGUGUGCAGACUUUCCUCAAUUUAUCAAGAUUGGUAAACCUAAAAUGCAUCCGGAAUAUUCCGAUAACAACCAAUAUCAUAACGAUAUUGCCUUAUUACCUUUAAAAGAACCUGCAGAAUUUACCGAGUUUGUUUAUCCCAUUUGUUUGGCAACCGAACUGUCGCAGGAGAAUGAAAUGUGGUUGGCCGGAUGGGGACGAACCGAAACCGGUCCAUCCAGUCCCAUAAAACUAAAGGUCCUUGUGCGACGUGCAACCAAAAACUAUUGCGUACCGCUAUACAGAAAUAUUGGAAGAAGAAUUUUAUAUUCCCAGAUAUGUGCAGGUGGUGAACCAGGUGUAGAUUCCUGCGCGGGAGAUUCAGGUGGUCCACUCAUGAUCCAAGUAGGCCUUAAUACUUGGUACGCUGAAGGAGUCGUCAGUUUUGGUUAUGGUUGUGGUAUAAAGGACUGGCCAGCUGUUUAUACCAGCAUCCCUUACCAUAUUCCAUGGAUUACUAAAACUAUGAAACACUAUUUAAAAAGGAAGUUAGAACCCAGACAAGUUACACUUUAUUAAUUGUAGGUUAGGUAAUUAAAUAAGUAAUAUAGCUAUCACUUAUUUAA